AUGGCCUCAACGCCUGGCGGCUCACAUAGCAAACCACGGAGCUACGGGGCAUACAGUAAUGCGCUCGAAACGUUUACGACAGACCUCCAUGACCCACUCGGUGACGAGCUGCGUCUCAACACCUCCUCCGACCACUUGCCUUCUGAAGCCACGGCGACCGACGACGGCUGCAACGCCAGCGACGACCACGGCGACCAAGAUACAGAUGGCCCAGUAGAGGUUGUUACCCUCAUGCAACAGCAGGAGAAACCACACCCAAGCCUGUCAGUCACCAUCGACCACACGGCUCACCCGCACAUUAUCGACCGCAUCGUCGAGUUUGCGUGCCGUGAUGCCCUCAACGCAUUCCGCCCAACGUCCAAGGCAUUCCACGCCCGCGUCUCAAGGAUCCUCGAUACCCACAUUGCACUCGUCCACCUUGGGGGUUCCAUCCCCGCCGACCCGGAGGACAUGUUAUCAUGGCCCGCCGAUCUGAACGAGGUCGAGCGGGUGGAGCGGCGGUGGGCUGCCAUCAGAGGCAAGACUCUCGACUGGCAGUCGUCCAGCAAGUGGGGCGACCAUGUCUUGUUCUGCAGUCUGGCCCAUGCAGCUCCUGUCGCAGCGACCGUGUUCCGGCGUAUCCGAGUUGUCGACAUCCACUUCAUGCCCGAUCCACAGGUGCUCAUGAUAUACCAAGCGUGCAUUGCCGCCAUGGAGCCAGAGCUCGAAACGGUCCGCCUGAUCGACGUCACAGAGACCAACUGGGCAGGUGAGUGUCCCAUUGUGGCACCCACCUUUGUUGUCUUUCUGUCGACGUCGCUCUGCGCGUUUGGGGAAUGCCCGGACGCGUUUCUUCGGCCGCCAGCACAAGGCGUCAAGAAGCUCGUCAUCAACUUUGCCGUCUAUCAGAGUUACCUCGGCACUCCAAACUCGACUUGGUAUGUGGAACUAGCCCACAUUCCAUUCCUUACCCGCAUCCCCGAUUGCGUCGAGGACGUUGUGAUCAUCCUGUCUCCCACAUCCGAUCCUCCAGAGCAGAAACCUCUUGCCAGUGGAAUCAGUAAACAAGACCUCUUCGUUGCCUUGGUCGAUUGCGUGGAUCGAUUCAUCGAGGACAAGACAUUCACAGUGGUCGGUAUGGCCGAGCCUGCCGCAGCCCGCUUUCGGUCAGCCGCCAGAGGCAUGCUGAUGUACUCUCGCCUGCGGCCAGGCGACAUGGGUAUUGGGGAUAAUGGCAAGCCGUCUGCUGCGCAGCUCGAAGCCCGCGAGGGGCCCGGGGUAGACCUUCUCUUGACAAAGCUGUCUCUGGUUUCUCGAGAAGAGUAUGCCCAGGAGGUUGGCGAGAGGGAAAUGGACCUGUACGUUGAGCCCACGUAA